GGCGGCGGGAGCGAGCGGGGCGAUCCCGGAGCAUCCCGGAACCGCGCGGAGCAUCCCCGAGCCGCCGCAGCCUCCCGCAGCCAUGUCCCGCCCCGCCGCGCCCGGCCCCGCGCCAUGGUGGAAUUACUUUUUCCUUUAUGAUGGCUCAAAAGUGAAGGAGGAGGGGGAUCCUACAAGUGCUGGCAUCUGUUAUUUUUACCCUCCCCAGACCAUCCCGGAGCAGCAGGAGCUGCUGUGUGGGCAGAUGGCCGGGGUUGUUCGCUGCCUCACCGAGAUCUCCGGGGCCCCUCCCAGCCUCGUCCGCCUCAGGAAGCUCAAGUUUGCCGUGGUGGUGGAUGGAGACUUUCUAUGGGUUCUGGGCUGUGCUGUGGAGCUGCCUGACGUGAGCUGCCGGCGGCUCCUGGAGCAGCUCAUCGGCCUCUUCACCUUCUACCACGGCCCCGUGCGUGGUGCAUACACGGUGUUUUCCCAGGAGGAGCUGAGCAGGGAGUGGGACAGGUACAUUGAACACAUCCAAAAAAACACCAGUGACCUCCACAGGAUUUUCAAUUCUCUUUGGCAUCUGGACAAAACCAAGGUGGAUCCCCUGCUUUUGCUGAAGGCAGCUCUCAUCCUGCAGACGUGCCAGCGCUCUCCCCAUGUCCUGGCAGGCUGCAUCCUCUACAAAGGCUUGAUUGUGAGCACCCAGCUGCCACCUCCACUCACUGCCAAAGUCCUCCUGCAGGGCAGCGAGUCCCCAGGCCAGAGUGAGCCUGGAGCUGAGGAGCUGCAAGAGCCUGAGCCCCUGCUGCCGCCGGGUGUCCGAGUCCUCCCGGUGUUCCUCACAGCUCAGGAGGUCUCUGCGCUCCGGGACUUCCCCGUGGAGUGGAAGGCCAGGUCACCUAUGUCCCCAGCAGGCCCCAGAGGAGAAGAGAGUGCUCCCUGCUCCCAGGCAGUUCCAGAAUCAACAGGAGCUCAUGAAAUGAGCUUGGAUGGAAUCUCUGUGCAGAAGUCCCAUGAGGACCCUUCAGCCAUACCUGCCCCAGGAGAUGCUGUGCAGUUGGGCAGCCCUGCAAGUCCUCUGAUAGACUUUUCUGGAAUGGGAGCCAGCACAAGGAAUUCUCCAGCUGCAAACUUGAGUGGAGCAGGCAGUGAAAACUCAGAGCUCAGCAGGAAAACAUCCUUCCCCUCAGAGAGCGACACACAGCAGCUCCCAAGCCCUUCCUCACUCCAGACUGAAUGUUCUUGGACUACAGGUCCAUACCUGGAAGGCUUUUCCUUUCCCAACCCUUACUCCUGGGAGCAGGAGAGCCAGGACAAGGCGGAAUCCCUUGCAGAUUCUGAUGUUGGCCACUGUGCUUCCCAAAAUUCCCUUUCAGUCAGCCACAGUCCAGCUGUUCCCUCUCCUGCCCGGGAGCUGAGCAGAAGAAAAUCCAGUGAGCAGGACAAGCCAUGGACUGUGAACCAGGAGCGUGUGUCUGGAGGGAGUGACAGCACAGCUGGUGACCAUGGGUGGGGCUUGGAUUGUCCAGGCCCUGCUGGACACACACAGCUCCUCAGCAGGAGGCAGCCACUGGUCCCAGAGCUUCAGCAGGCUCUGCCCAGUGUCCCUGCAGGGGACAGACCAUGUCCCAGCAGCAGGGAAGGCAGCUGGGACAGGCUGGGUGGCAGAGAGGGUGAGCCAGCCCAGCUGAGCCUCUACGUUCACUGCAUCCAGGGCUUGGUGCUGUCGCUGCUGGCUGAGGAGCAGCUGCGCCAGGACCGCAGCGCCGUGGAGGACGUGUACCACAGCAGCCUGGCCUCCCUAAAUGGCCUCGAGGUUCACCUGAGAGAGACCCUGCCCAAGGACUCCUCGGCCUCAUCCAGGACCAACUACAGCUUCACACACUAUGACUGUGUCCAGAACGUCCUCACGGCCAACUUGCCCCACACCCCCGGGCCCCUGGACCGGCACUUCCUGAGGGCGGCCACACUCAUCCACUCCGACUUCAGCCAGCUCCCCUCGGCCUCAGAGGUGAUCAUCAGGAACGCCUCCACAGCCGUGUAUGCCUGCCGGAAUCCUGUCCAGGAGACCUACUUCCAGCAGCUGGGAGCUCCGCUCCGCAACUCAGGCGUCCCCAACCCGCACGACAGCGCCUUCAGCCUGCCCAGCAAGGCCAAGCAGAAGCUGCUGAAGCAUGGGGUGAACCUGCUGUGAGCUGCUGUGCUCAGACAACGGCUCAGCCCUGAGCCGUUGUUCAUCUGAAUGAACAACAGCCCUGGCU